AUGCUGGUUGAUAGCAGUAAGAGGGAUGGAAUGAUGGAUAAAUAUCUCGGCGGGGUCAAGCUACAGUUGGAGCACCAUCCGGACUCGUGGAGACGAUCACCACCUCGGACAAGUGACAACGGCUAUAUUGACAUCAGAUACAACCCUCGAAGGUAUUUGACAUCAUCGCUGUCGGAGUAUGGAAUUGACAACUUUGAUUGGCUUCCAAACUCGAUCCUCAUUAUCAUCUUCAACCUGAUCGAUGAUGUGAAGGCACUCGGACAGUGCCACGUCAUCUCCCGCCUCUUCCACACUCUCGUUCCCCUCGUCGACAACAUUGUCGUCUGUGUUUUAUCGGACGAUCCCACAGUGUUUUUUUCUCAUCUUGCUCGUUUCGUUUUCGACAAGAUUGUGCAACCCUUUUAUGCCCCAGGUCAGAUUCUCUUUGUUCCCUCCUCCAAGCGCGUUUCAUCCUCCAAUUCUGCGUCGUCCUCUUCUACAUCACACCAUUCCCCCUCUGAGAUGUUGAAGAAUUUCAAGGAGAUUUGGCGGCUUCGGAUUAAGCUUCAAGUCGACAAACUCAGGGGUGAUGAUGGUGUUCUUCUUAAAUGGAAGACUGUUUUUGGCUUCACCCUUGACAAGUGUGUCUUCCUUGGUGUCACUUCUGUCAUUUCCUCCAAAUUUGCGAAUGCUAACCCCACACAUGAUCUCUAUGCCAUAACACAACCUGAAUUUUUCUACAUGAAUGGGGGACUGAAGCUUAGAGUUGUUUGGACAAUUAGUUCCCUCAUUGCCACCUCUGCACGACAUUACCUCCUCCAACCCAUCAUGAGUGAUCACGAGACAUUGGAGUUCUUGGAUCUCACUGAUGCAAAUGGCCAAGGUGUGCUAAUUAUGGAUAGAUGCCAGCUACAUGAUCUAAGAGUGUGGUUUAUAUUAGCUUCAAGUUCUUCACAUCGGACAUUGGUCCUAACACUCAGCAUGAGGUUGUGGUAUGCUCCGCUUCUUGAGAUGCCAAGUGGAUUGGUUCUUAAGGGAUCAACACUUGUUGCUAUCCGGCCUAGUGGAGAUUCACAGAAGGAAGUGGUGGGAGGUUGCAGUAUUGGCGAGCCAUUAGAUUUGUUUUGGGUGCCAAAGAUGCUUGUGAAGAGGACUAUAUUUUGUUUGGUGAUGAAUUCCUCUGGAGCUUUUUCUUUAUAUAGGCCCUCCUCCAGAGCUUUUUCUGUAGCAGGUCUUCCACCUAAAUUCUUCCUACAGCAGGCCCUCCUCCGGAGCCUUUUCCUGCAUCGUGCCUUUCUCCGAAACUUUCACCUAUAUUGGGCCCUCCUCCGGAAUCAUUUUUGCAGUAGACACUUCUCCAAAGCUUUUUCUGCAACAAAGCCUACCUACUGGACCUUUUCUACCUCCAGACCUUUUUUAUUCUCUGUAAUAUUACCUGUGAUUAUGUCCCUCGUGGACCCCACCCUUCCCAUUCCUUCUUCUGCGGCUCCCUUCCGUUCGCCCUGCUUCCUGCUGCCGCCAAGACCAACCCGUUUGUGGGCCGGUUAUGAUCUCUUCGGCCGGUCCACCCCAGACCGGCUCACGUGUAGGCGUAGCAGCCUGGUGAGACCCCUUCUGAAGCAAAUGCUUUAG